GGAACGUUCCCUCGCCGUCCAGUCCCGUUCCCCUCGGCUCGCCCCCUCAUUCUUCGCUUAGGGUUCUUCGCGCUAAGACCGCCGCCGCCCACCCUGCCUGAAUCGGGCCCACCUCGGCCUCGUCUUUCCUUCGCAGUAUUGAUCAGUAUUAGUCUUUAAAGGAAAUCGAAAGAGCGAUUCCUUCGUAAUCCGUAAUACCCUGAUGAGACACCUGAAGCGUUGACGGCGGAGGAAAGAGAACGGAACGGAAAAAGCCGGAGGAAAUGUUCUUUUGGGGCCACAGUUUGGGUAUAUCUGAAUGCAAAUCCUCACACGUUUACCAGUAAGACCAAGAAUCUCGACUGAGAAGAUCUCCUCUUGUAGGUUGUUAGCCCAGGAAGCUCCUACUUGAAAUUAACUUUCUUCUUAGUACAGAAUGAGCACAUGUUGUUGGUGUACGCCUGGUGGUAUUUCCACCAUUGACUUCCUAAAGCGCUAUGCAUCCAGGACCCACUCCAGGGAAUUUCAAACAGCUGAUGAAGACCUCUGUUACUGCUUAGAGUGUGUGGCCGAAUACCAUAAAGCAAGGGAUGAAUUGCCAUUCUUGCAUGAGGUUUUAUGGGAAUUAGAAACCUUACGUCUCAUAAAUCACUUUGAAAAAUCCAUGAAAGCAGAAAUUGGAGAUGAUGAUGAAUUGUAUAUAGUAGACAACAAUGGAGAGGCACAACUGUUUGACUUUACUGGCCAAGACUUUGAAAAUAAGCUUCGAGUUCCUCUUCUUGAAAUACUGAAAUAUCCUUAUCUGCUUUUACAUGAGCGUGUUAAUGAAUUAUGUGUUGAAGCACUUUGUCGGAUGGAACAAGCUAAUUGCUCCUUUCAGGUUUUUGACAAGCAUCCAGGGAUCUAUUUGUUUUUGGUCCAUCCCAAUGAAAUGGUUCGGCGUUGGGCUAUCCUGACCGCAAGAAACUUGGGGAAAGUGGACAGAGAUGAUUAUUAUGACUUACAGGAGGUUUUGACUUGCCUUUUUAAAGUCAUUGAAUUGGGGCUUUUAGAAAGUCCAGACAUUUAUACUUCUUCUGUCCUUGAAAAGGGCAAACUGAUUCUUCUGCCCUCGCACAUGUAUGAUACUACCAACUAUAAAAACUAUUGGUUAGGUAUUUGCAUGUUGCUGACCAUUCUUGAGGAGCAAGCCAUGGAUUCACUGUUGUUGGGCUCAGACAAACAAAAUGACUUUAUGCAAUCAAUACUUCACACCAUGGAGAGGCCAUCAGAUGAUGAUAGUGUGGAUCCUUUCUGGCCAGCAUUACACUGUUUCAUGGUGAUUCUGGAUCGCCUUGGAUCUAAGGUCUGGGGUCAACUUAUUGAUCCUAUUGAAGCAUUUCAAACUAUUAUCAAUAAUGUGAGCUACAAUAGAGAGAUUCAAAAUAUACGGAACAGCUCUGUAAGGACCAAGAUAGAACCGGAGUCAUAUUUGGAUGACAUGGUGACUUGCAGCCAGAUUGUAUACAAUUAUAAUCCUGAAAAGACCAAAAAGGAUUCAGGGUGGAGAUCAGCCAUUUGCCCAGAUUAUUGUCCUAACAUGUAUGAAGAAAUGGAAACAUUAUCCAGUUUGCUUCAGUCAGAUAUUGGUCAAGACAUGCGUGUUCAUAACAGCACAUUUCUGUGGUUCAUCCCUUUUGUUCAAUCCCUCAUGGAUCUUAAGGAUUUGGGUGUGGCUUAUAUAGUAGAGGUUAUUCAUCAUCUGCACUCUGAAGUCAAAGAUGUCCUCAACCAAGCAGAUGCUGUGUGUGACAAAGUCAGUGAAUUUUUUCUUCUAAUUUUGGUGUCAGUGAUUGAACUGCAUAGAAAUAAAAAAUGUUUGCAUUUGCUGUGGGUUAGUUCCCAACAAUGGGUUGAAGCCGUUGUAAAAUGUGCCAAACUUCCAACCAGUGCAUUUGCACGGAGUUCUGAGAAAUCAUCUGGAAAUUGCUCCAAAGGAACAUCAAUGAUGUCAUCUCUGUCAUUGCAUUCACUGCCAUCUAACUCUGUACAACUUGCGUGUGUGCAACUGAUUAGAAGUCUCCUUAAAGAAGGUUAUCAGCUUGGGCAGCAAACUCUUUGUAAGCGAUUCUGGGAUAAGCUCAAUUUAUUCCUGCGAGGAAAUCUAUCUCUAGGUUGGCAGCUGACUAGUCAGGAAACCCAUGAGUUACAAACUUGUUUAAAGCAAAUUAUUCGAAACAUAAAAGUCAAACCACCUCCUUGUAACACUUUGGUGGAUCUGACUCCUGCGUGUAAAACCCCUCCUGCAUCUUAUACUAAAGAGGAAAAUGAACAAAUAGGAAAGAAGUCUAAAAAAGACAUACGCUGUCUGGAAAAUUCCAGCCCAACGUUUUCUAAAGAACCAAUGAAAGCUGAUGCAUAUCAAGUGCAGGAGAGUCUAUUGAUCAAAGCAAGUAACACUGUAGAGGAUAAUGAGCAAAAUUAUAUAAAAGACAUCAAACUAGAAGACCAUCUUUCAACUGAGUCAUGUUUAAAGCAGAGUAGUAAAAAUCUUGUCAAUGAAAGAGCUCAAGAUGAAGUUAAAAUAAGUACAAGGAAGCAGAAGUCUGUGAAAGAGAAUUCCUUACAUAAACGACAGAAUUGUACUUCAAGAAAUGGUCCAGAAAAAGGGUGUGACAGAGGAAUAAUAAUAUCAACACGUUUGUUGACUGAUUCUAGCACUGAUUUUCUGGAAAAGGUAUCCACAUCAAAUGAAGAUUUCCCUUUAAAGGAUGAUGCUGUCAGUAAAACCUCAAAAGCAAAAGCUAAGUCACAGAAAGAUGAAAUCUGUGCUAAGUUAUCACAUGUGAUAAAGAAGCAACACAGGAAAAGUACUUUGGUCAAUAAUGCUGUCAAUUUAGAGGAAAACCGGACUGUAUCUAACGUUGAGAAUUUGUUUUCAAGGAAAGAUAUAGGAGGUCAGAAAGGGGAUAGCUUUGUACACAAUCUCUCUUUAGACCCUAAUGGUAUUCUGGAUGAUAAAAAUGGAGAGCAAAAAUCUCAAAGCAGUUUACUACUGAAAAAGAAACAAUUAAAGAAUGAAGAGUUAGAUAUUUUCUCUUCCCAUGAAAAGAGUUGUCAAAUACAAGAAUGUCAUGCUGAUGAUAAAGAUUUGGUCUCGUUUACAGAAAUGACUAAUACUUUCAUGAAGAAAACAUCUCCCUUUAAAGAUCCCAUGACUGUAAUUGAAUCAAGAGAGAAGGAAAUUAGCAAGAGUACCGAUCAGGUUUCUUCUAAUUUGAGAGAACAGGCCCCUAGCAUCAGUCCUAAUUCUGACACUUUAACAGAUUCUCAGAUAGACCGAGACCUCCACAAAUUGUCUUUAAUAGCUCAGGCUAGCGUUAUUAAGUUUCCAUCAGAUUCAGCGCAAAGAAACUCAUCCCAGCUACAAAGAAAAGUAAGAGAUGAUAAGAGAUGUUUCACAGCUAACCAAAACAAAGUUGGAGAAACCUGCCAUGAACAGGUGAUUAUUAUUUCAGAUUCUGAUGAUGAUGAUGAUGGUGAUGAAAGAAUUCUGCGUUUUGAGAAACACACUAAACAAGAUAAAAUAUGUGUUGAGAAAGAAUGUCCAGAGCAGCAUAUUGCAGUAGAUAAUAGAAAUGUGGAAAAGAAGCUAAUAAAAGAAGAAGAGACACAGUCCCUUUUACAGUUUGAGGAAUCUGAUUCUCAGUUUUUUGAGUUUGAAAGUCCAUGUGAAGUGUUUUCAGUUUGGCAAGAUCAGAAACCAGACAACAAGAAUUCAGUUCAAGAGGAUGGAAAAAAUUCAUCCUUGACUCAUAUAGUUGAUAUCACAAAUGAUUGGGGUUAUGAUACAGAUUAUGUAUCUGAAGAGGUUAUUAAAAAAGUAUCAGAGGGCAUUGAAGAACACGCAGAACCACAGAGUACUAGUAUUUCUGUUGAGGAAUUUUGUGAAAUUGAAGUAAAAAAACCUAAGAGAAAACAAAUUGAAAAACCUAUGGCUGAAGACCCUUUAAGGCCUUCAUCUAUCAGCAAGGAGGUCCAGCCUGAUAUUCUUAAUGAGAAAGGUCUGACUGAAAAUAAUUUUAAAAGUAUUGACAUAAAGACUACAACUCCCAAUUCAAGUAUUCAGAGAGCCACCACGAUUUCCCUAAAGAAAUCUUCUCCGAAGCCUCAUGCUUAUUCCAAACCCGUUAGGAAAGUCCCACUUUCUAAAACCCCUAAGAAAACACAUUCAGAUGCCAAAAAAGGACAGAAUAAAAAUUCAAAUUACUUAAGUUGUAGGACAGCUCCUGCUGUAGUGCCACCAAAGAAAUUUCGCCAGUGUCCUGAACCAACUUCAAAAGUUGAGAAACUUGGUCUGAAAAAGGCUCCUCGUAGGGCAUUUGAGUUGUCUCAGCGGUCUUUAGAGCAUAUAGGUAAGUUACGUGACCAUGGCAAAACUGUUGGAGUAGUUGAUACCCCAAAGAAGACUAAAUUAAUUUCUCAGACUUCUGUCAAAAAUAAUAAGAAAUUGCUGAAAAAUCAAGAUCUGCAGUUGCAAAGGCAGAUGAGAUCCAGAUCACAACAAAAUAAACAAAGAUGUUUUGAUUAUGAAAGUACAGAUACUAUGAAAACAAGGUCACGCACAGCGCAGAAUUCUGACAUAUUUGUACCAGAAUCAGCUAGGUCAGAUAAUAAAGGAGGAACUGAGGCAAUUGCUGACAGUGAUGGCAGGCAAUUAAUAAAAUGUGCAUCUUCUGAACUAGAACCUGUGAAAACAAAAUAUGUUUCCCAGGGGACUGAUGAUACUUGUCUUUUGAACCAGUGUAAUUCUGUAGUGUUAAAUGGAAGAAUACCAACAAAUGAAAUAAUUGUUUCUACUUCAGAGGAACCUUUAGGUGGAAGUGACCUAACAGCACAUCAUUUAGAGCUGGCAAUUUUGAAAGAGCAAGAGCCUGAAUCCAACAGUGAUAUAGAGGAAGAUAAUAUAUUUUUAACACAACGUGACCCUGAGGAUAUGGAUUUAUGUUCACAAAUGGAGAAUGGUAAUGAUAAACUCAUUGAGGUAGUUCAUGGAAAAGAUACUGUUCAGGUAGAAGAUGAUUCUGUAAGACAGCCUCAGUUGGAAUCUUUGAGUAGCACAAAAUGUAAGUACAAAGAUUGUGUUGAAACUAUGAAAAACGAGGGUGAGUACUGCUUGAAACACUCUGAAGUUAAAGCAGCAGAUGAAGAUGUAUUUCGUAAACCUAGCUUGCCUCUUUCUUCAUCUAAACCUUGGAGACCUACCACUAAGAUUUUUAGCUCACGUAGUACUUCACGAAUUGCUCAUCUUUCCAAGUCUUUGGAAAAUACCUCAGCGCUUCCACCAGCUCUAAAAAAUAAGUCAAAUGGGGUACAAUCUAUUUUGAAAGCACCACAGCCAGCCUCUCUUGUGUCUCAGAAGCCAAUGGGUGAAGUCAAGAGUUUGUGCAAUGUUCCUCAUUCUCAGACUCUAAAUAAUUCCAACAGACAAGGUUACAAACUUCCAUUUGGUGAAAACAAGUCUUUUUUGGCUUCCUCUCCAGUAAGCAUUCUCUUGUCAUCACAGUCUGUCUCUGACACCUUUGUUAAAGAGGUCUUAAAAUGGAAAUAUGAAAUGUUUGUGAACUUUGAUCAGUGUGGGCCCCCAGCAAGUCUUUGUCAGUCCAUCUCAAGACCUGUGCCUGUCAAAUUUCAAGAUUGUGGAGAAUAUUUCAACGUUUUUCUUCCUUUGAUGAUACUGAAUACUUUUGAAACAUGGUUUCCUAGAACUUGCAGUAUAUAUUUACCACUAAUCCAAGACCAGUUUCAGGUGGCACAGGAAUGGAUCAGCUCUCCAAAUAAAGAGAAAUUCUGUCAGUUACAUUUACGAAAAUUUCCUGCUGAUUAUAAAAAAUACUGGGAGUUUGUGGUUUAUCUUGAAGAAUGUGAACUAGCUAAACAACUUCAUCCAAAGGAAAAUGAUUUGGUGUUUUUGGUUCCUGAAAGACUAAAUGGAGAGAAGAAAGCUAUAGAGAGAAAUUGCAUGCAAGACCCUCAUGAAUAUCAUUGUGGUUAUGUUCAUAAAUUUCGCCGCACUUCAGUCAUGCGUAAUGGGAAAUCUGAGUAUUCCCUUUCCAUCCAGACUCAAGAUAAUUUGCCAGUCAAUUUAAAUGAACUCGUGAAAUGUAUUGUAAUCAGUUCUCUGGUAACUACACAAAGGAAGUUGAAAGCCAUGUCUUUGCUGAGUGGUCGGAACCAACUGGCCAGAGCUGUUCUGAAUCCAAACCCCAUGGACUUCUGUACAAAAGAUUUACUUACUACAACAUCUGACAGAAUUAUUGCCUACCUAAGAGAUUUCAAUGAAGACCAAAAGAAAGCGAUAGAAACUGCAUAUGCCAUGGUGAAACACUCCCCAUCAGUUGCCAAGAUAUGUCUGAUUCAUGGACCACCUGGAACAGGAAAAUCAAAAACUAUUGUUGGCCUCCUCUAUCGCCUACUGACCGAGAACCAUAGGAAGGGGCAUUCAGAUGAAAACUCCAAUGCCAAAAUCAAACAAAACCGUGUCCUUGUGUGUGCACCUUCCAAUGCAGCUGUUGAUGAACUUAUGAAAAAAAUUAUCCUCGAAUUCAAGGAAAAAUGUAAAGACAAGAAGAAUCCUUUGGGAAACUGUGGAGAUAUAAAUUUAGUACGUCUGGGUCCAGAGAAGUCUAUUAAUAAUGAGGUCCUAAAAUUCAGUUUGGACAGCCAAGUUAACCACAGAAUGAAAAAAGACUUACCUUCUCAUGUUCAGGACAUGCAUAGAAGAAAGGAAUAUCUGGAUCAUCAACUAGAUGAACUUUCCCGCCAGCGUGCUUUAUGCCGAGGUGGAAGGGAAGUACAGAGGCAAGAAUUAGAUGAAAAAAUUGCCAGCGUUUCAAAAGAAAGGCAGGAACUUGCUUCGAAAAUUAAAGAGGUUCAAGGACGCCCACAAAAAACACAGAAUAAUAUCAUCUUAGAGUCCCAUGUCAUCUGCUGCACAUUGAGCACCAGUGGUGGUUUACUGCUUGAGUCUGCUUUUCGUGGGCAAGGAGGUGUCCCCUUUAGUUGUGUCAUUGUUGAUGAGGCUGGGCAGUCUUGUGAAGUUGAAACGCUUACUCCACUUAUCCAUCGUUGUAACAAGCUUAUCCUUGUAGGAGAUCCUAAACAGCUCCCUCCCACAGUCAUUUCUAUGAAGGCACAGGAUUAUGGCUAUGACCAGUCGAUGAUGGCUCGCUUCUACAAACUGCUGGAAGAGAAUGUAGAGCACAACGUGAUCAGCAGACUCCCGAUUUUACAGCUCACCGUUCAGUACAGAAUGCACCCAGACAUAUGUCUCUUCCCUUCUAACUAUGUGUAUAACAAAAGCUUGAAAACAAAUAGACUAACUGAGACCAGUCGGUGUUCGUCAGACUGGCCAUUUCAACCCUACCUUGUGUUUGAUGUCGGAGAUGGUUCAGAAAGACGGGAUAAUGACUCAUAUGUAAAUGUUCAAGAAAUAAAACUGGUAAUGGAAAUAAUUAAACUUAUUAAAGACAAAAGAAGAGAUGUUACUUUCCGAAACAUUGGCAUAAUAACCCAUUACAAAGCUCAGAAGACGAUGAUUCAGAAAGAUUUGGACAAAGAGUUUGACGGAAAAGGGCCAGCAGAAGUAGAUACCGUGGAUGCCUUCCAGGGGCGUCAGAAAGAUUGUGUCAUUGUUACCUGUGUCAGAGCAAAUGCCACACAAGGCUCAAUUGGAUUUCUGGCAAGUUUGCAGAGAUUGAAUGUCACCAUUACACGAGCCAAGUACAGCCUCUUCAUCCUUGGUCAUUUGAGGACCCUCAUGGACAAUGAGCAUUGGAAUGAACUGAUUCAGGAUGCUCAGAAGCGUGGUGCCAUUAUUAAGACCUGUGACAAAAACUAUAAACAUGAUGCAAUGAAGAUUCUGAAACUCAAGCCUGUACUACAGAGAAGUCUGACUCACCCUUCAGCUGUAGCCCCAGAGGUGUCCAGACCCCAGGGCGGCUUGCCCAGCAACAAGCUAGACAGUGAAUUUGCCAAGACAUCUUUUGCUUCUUCCCUGUACCACACCCCCUCUGACUCCAAGGAAACUACUGUUACUGCAAAGGACCCUGAAAGGCCUUCUGGUCAGGACUGGCUUCGGGACCCACGACUGCUUAGGAGGAUGGGCAUGAGCCCUGAAGCCAAAGGGAAAUGCCUAAUGGAUCCACAGUCCUUGAGCCCGCAGCAUCCUGGAGCAACACCUCCCUCGGGAGAGCCAGGCUUCCCUGUAAUUCACCAGGACGUGGGCAGCGUGCAGCAGUCCGCUGCCAAAGGAGCUACCCUGAGCAACCACAAACCUCAUGUGCAGUGUGAUCCUCCAGCUGCUAGUGGUGAUGCUGCCACAAGUAGAAGAAAAUGUGACCAGGAAGGGAUGCUCAGCUACAGAAGAGAGACCAGGGCUUUCAGUGAAGGGGACCAGGAGAAGUACAGCUCUGUGAGCCAUCACACAAAGAGGAACUCUGGCUGGGACAAGGAGGAGGAGGACAGUAGUUCAAAGAAGAGAAAAGUUUUAUAGUACAGCCAAAUGACAGAGAUUAUCAGCCACAAGCAUUAUUGCAAACUUAAGAUGACCAGCUAAUAGGACUGUUUAGAUAAGAUUACUUUUUCCCUUAAAGGAAUGUGUGUGCUGUUGGAAAACAUGGAAAGUGCAUCCCAAACCCUGAGCCUCUCGGUCAUCUUGAGUGCUUUCUGUCAGUUCCGGCAGCCUUCAGAGGGCGUUUGUGCAUCAGUAAUAAUGUCCUUGACGUCAGAGACUUGAAGUGUUGGUCUCUUGUUCUUCUGUAGAAAAGGAGGUCAGACUGGAGUGAAUGUUGUAAAAGUUGAAGUGUAUAUUUGUAUAGCAAAUAACAAAAUCCUUUUAAAAUUUAAUCUAGUAGAUGCUUUUGUUUCCCCUGCUUAAAAUGUUAAUCAUUUUCAACAGAAGAAACUUUAUAUUUAAAAAAAAAAAAAAAGGCAGGAGUGCAGAUCCUUUGAACCAUUGUUAUGGUAGGACAGGCCCCUUCAACGGCCUGGGGAGCUGGAAUAAGCUGGCUUACUGUUUGGAAUCGUGCUGGUGGGUCAGAUGUCUCUAGUUCUAGUAAAAAGCAACUGGAGUCUCCUGGGAGAAACUUCGGGAAGCAGAGUUGUGUUAGGUAAGGCUCUGCUGACAUUGCACAGUUUUAGACGAACGUUGGCACAGGAUGUUAGAUUUCUGUGACAAGUUCAUCUACCUAUUUUAGUAAGCACAUAGUUCUCCAGCUAAAAUUUGAAUUCUUCUUGAAAUAAAAGAAGAUGAAAUGAAAGAAUAAUUCUUGAAAUAUCACUCAAAUACCCCCAGCAUGUUGUGAGCUUCCUGUAAGUGGUGGGUUACAAAUCUGCUGGGUGCCAAGUGCUGGAUAGUGCUGGGUGGCUGUGUAGGAACCCCCUUGGCUUGCGUGUGAAGGCUUGCAGAUUGCCAGGAGGCUCCAGCUAAUGAGUUUUAGGUAGAGCCUGGAAAGCUGUGUGUUAAACUUCUUUCCAAGGAAUUCUGGUCACCAGGCGGCUUGGGAACGAUGAGGGCAGGCCACAUAGGAUAUGUUAGGCAGGAAAGAAACACCCUUUUAAAAGACAAGGGUAGAAGAGGAGUGAAAUACUUGGAACUCAGAACUAGCAAGAGAGUUGACAGAUUUCCUAUGAUCUUUGGAAACUGUCUUCACUGAUGAAAGUACACCGCUUUUGUAGACUAUCUGAUUAGAGGGCAUUGUGCUGCUUUUGUGAAGGGAAAGUGGCCGUGGUGGUGGAGAUGUCAGAGACUUGGACAAGGGAGCAGGGGCUGCCUAAUUUCAAAGUCUGGUUUUUCAGACACGCUCACAAAGUGAAUUAGAAAUGUCACAGACAUGAGAGUGUAUGUUAGUAGCGGUUGGCCGUUGUUAGAACUAGUGGCUUGUAGUGAGUGCUAUACGGCCCAUUAGCUCGUUUGGGGAGGAAAACAAACCCCUGAAGAUUAAUGUGCACAAGGUGGAAUUUUCUUUGUCCUCUGCUUUUUAGCAAAAAGGACUUUGUGUUAGUCAGAAAUUCUACUGAAGCAGAUUAUUAAAAGCUCUAAAAAAAAAAUGGUGUGCUUGCCAAGAGUUUCAGUAGUCUACUUCUUCAUUACCCAGUUCCUUCCCGCUGUUGUCCGGACAUCUGCUGCUGAGCAGACACUCCUGUCACUCGGGGCGCACGUGCCCUGUGCCCACAGUCAGGCCCUGCUCCCUGCUUGUGGCUGGAAAGUCUGUCCCUGGCCACGCAGGUAAGGAAGCACAGGUGCGGGCGUGAGCCCUGCGCUGUCUGGGUCAGGGGCUCCGUAAGCUUCCUGCACGUGCCUUUGGCAAGAAAUCUCAUUGUUACUUUAAGCUUACUUUCCUGCCAUCUUUGUAAAAUGCUCAAUUUAGCAGAUACUUGUAGUGGUGACAGUUUAGAGAGUCUAAAACUCUGUAAGGUUGUAAAGGAGGCGUGACAAAACCAGCUGGAGUCAGGAACUGCUUCCACUCUGCUCAUGCAACAGCCGAGUUAAGAAAUAAGUGUUCCCCAGAAUGCACACUGUGCUGCCACCCCCAGGUGACAUUCUUUCCAGGUACAUUUGACACCUCUUCUCGCACAUCCUGUUCACCUGUUGGUGACCACACCCCUGGUCUCAUGCGAGAUUUAGUACACCUGCACAGUCCCUUCUCAGGGGCAGACCUCCUCCUGACGGCCUCCGCCAGUGAGUUGCAGCCACCCGAUGUUUGUUGCGUUUGGAAGUGUUUGUUGCUCCCGUUGGAGAAAGUAUUUGCAUAAGCAUUUCAUGUGUCUAGUGUGGCAUUUCUGGAUGCGGCUGUCACAGCAGUGUUGUUAUUGGUAGUUAAUCUUACUGCAAGGUGAACAGUAUGGCUGUUUGCUUUGUCCUUGCCAUGGCGUUCUUAGAAAGUACCCUGUCUUUCAAUAUUGGUUUUUUCAACAUGAAUAUAUUCUACUUACAAACUCGUUUUGCUUCUUUGUAUAUAAUUUGCCUUGGGUUUAUUGUGCACAGUUUAUUUAGUUAUGUUUUCGUGUAUUAUCAGGAGCAAAUUUGAUAAGUACAUGUGAAUAACCUCCUGUAAAUGAAUUUUAUAACAAAAAUGUACUAAAAUAUUUUCUCAAAUUAGUUGUGCAGGAUUGAUAAUUUUUUGCUGUAGCUUUGACUAUUUCUAUGCUCUGAAUUCAUAGGUGAGAUUUGGUGAACAAUAGCCAUGUUGUCUUUGUUAAAACCUAAUUCUAAGAGAAAAUGGCAGAAUUAAAAGUGGAAGCAAGAAAACUGA